ACAGAGAUGUUAAGGCGCAGCUCCAGGUUGAUGUCAAGUGGAUACUACCUUACAGAAGAUGAUCCAGCCCAUACUGGUUCUAAUGGAUUGGUUUGUAGGAUCUCAUAUAGAGAAACUCCACCCAGGAGAUCACAUAAAGGUCAUGGUGCAACCCCCACAUCAACAUCCAACAGUGGGAAUAAAUUACUGACUGAUUAUUCAAAUGAUGGCGUAUAUAAUAGAGGUCUAGGCAUGAAGUCGAACUUUAAAGUGGCUGGCCCAAAGACAGAAACAUUCGAGACAGACAGCACCGAUUUGCCUUUUUCCCAGAACAACAUUCAGGGAUUUGCACCUGUGUAUCAUUUAACUGAUGAACAACCUCAAUCAUCCACCUUUAAUGAUUCAGCCCAUUACAUUGAAAAUCCAAAGUUAGCCUUCAUGGAUGUUUUACACUCUCCAGAUGUGGUUUUAGCCUUAUUCUGUUGUUGGUUGGAGAAGGCCUGGCACACAUUAAACCAGAACAUGUCAAGAAUGCAGGCGUCUUAUGAUUUUCAGCUCAGCAGAUGCAGUGCAGGUUUGAGGAAAGCUGUUAUGUUCUCUCUCAUCAUAUGUUUGUUUUAUGGUCUUUGGUACAUCCUUCCAUUCGCUUCCCCAUUUCAUUGGCGUCACGCAGAAAUUCUUCCACCAUGUAAAACAAACAAAAGCAGGCCUACAUCAGACAAUGGCCACUUGCCUUAUGAAAUCCUGGCAAAGAUGAAGAAUGACAUCACUAGCAUGCGUGAAAGAGAGGCCAACAUGAUGAAGGAAAUCACAAGGCUUCAACUUGAGAAUAUAAAACAGAACCUGAAAUUAGAGAUGUUUCAAAAGGAUGUGACAAUGCAAGAAAUUAAUCUCGAAUCGGAGUACCAGCAGCAGAUCUCCAACCUAAGAUCAGAUGUUAUAAACAUCAGAGAAACGUCCAACGCCCUCAAGCAGAAACUCGAUAUACAAAAUCUUCUGAACACCAAAGAUGUGACGGACAUCGUUCAAAGCACUUUGAGUUUGUACAAAUCUGAUGGCACUGGCAUGGCAGACUAUGCUCUCGAAUCCUCAGGUGGUAGCAUUAUGUCAACCCAAUGCUCGGAAACAUAUCAGGUGAAGUCUCCGCAAUUCAGCUUGUUCAGCAUACCGCUGUGGUAUUAUUCUGAAAGCCCACGAACCGUCAUACAGCCGGAGGUGCAUCCCGGAAAAUGCUGGGCGUUCCGUGGCUCAAAGGGUUUCCUGACGAUAUCUCUGUCCUAUCCGAUCAGGAUCACCCACGUUACCCUCGAACACAUUUCUAGGACUCUUUCGCCAACUGGGAAAAUAGACAGCGCUCCCAAAGACUUUGUUGUUUAUGGUUUGUCCACUCAGUGUGAUGGAGGACAACUGUUGGGGAGCUUCACGUACAACCAGGAUGAAGAUCCUAUACAAACCUUCAAAAUACCAGAGUCUACACAAGUUUACAGCAUGGUGGAACUGAGGAUCCUGAGUAACUGGGGUCACCCUGAAUACACCUGCAUCUAUCGCUUUAGGGUACACGGAGUCCCCUUAGUGACCAAUGGGUCAGAGUGAUGCUGAUAACAAAUAAAAAUGUG